GCAAAUGCUGUUUAAUUAUUUUUUAACGUUGAAGUACAUUUGGAGGCAAAAAUCAGCUGCCCGAGGUAAUAGUAUUCGUAUUUAUUUUCUGAUAGGUGCGAGUGAUGGAUGGUGUGACCAUCUGGCGACAUAUUAAUUGACAUUGUUCAAUAUUGUGAAAAGUAAGGACUUUUUAUUCAAGGAUUGCAAAAAGAUGGCGGAAAAUUUGCUUGACGAGUUUUUCGCAACUCCUCCGGGUAUUCAGGCCUCGUCUUCGACCGGAGGGGGGGCUAACCCUCCACCUAUGAAGAGAAUCAACCCAGAGAACAAAUGGAAGGGUCUCACACCUGUCCGCAAAAGCCAACAAAUCAUUAGAGACGGAUUGCUUAUUCCAGAGCAGACGGCUGGCGAGCAAUCUCUCAUGCUGAAAAUCCAAAAAGAUUUGAAGAAGCCGAGUCGAGUUGGUGUGGGAUAUAAGAAAUCCUUGUCGCAAUACCAGUAUACACUAUUUUUAUAGGAUGCGACUGUAUGACUUCUCAUUUUUGUGCUGUACGUUUCCGCUAUCCAAGACUUCUAUCUUCUAUCUUCUAUCGCUUGUCUAUGCUGUCAGGUAGUACAGGCUCCACCGAACUGCUCAAGACUUCAGUAUCAGUAGAUCAAUCCAUAAAUAUCCGUCCCUCGCCUUCAUUCUGUAGCUUAUGCUUCACUGAAAGUGAAACCAUGGCGGGCAGUUUGUAUGAAUCAAUUAGAUUAGUAGCAUUCUCUCUCAGUGAGUGUUAUCCGUCCAAUCAAUUGGCCACUAACUUUCUCCUCUUACUGUCCUUGCAGCUUCUCUCUAUUCUACUACUCAAGACGUAGAAGGUCGCCCCUCGUCUGAGGGGACAUCUUCAUCACAAACUCACAAACUUAAAAAUGCUUACUUACUUUCACUUGUUCUCUAACUCAAUUAAUGUGCAACCCUCAAGUAUGUGUCGGAGAUACAAAUGCUUCUAAGCUAAAUGAUGUUCCCACGUCUGUAUCUGUUCACUUCCUUGUCCUUGGUAUGAAUAUCUGCCACGAAGUGAGUAUCUGUCACCCUGUCCACAUAUAUCAGAGAAUGGUCGGAGGUGAAGACGAUUUUAACACAAGUGCAGAAUACUGGCGCGUAUCAACGUUGGAACGCAAACAAAGCAAAAUUUGAUACGCAGCUUCGCCUGUUGCCAGGAGGUGACCCCGUGAAAGACGCGAAGAAGUCUAUGAAGGCGAAGCAGCAAGACAUAGACCUAUUCGAAAUUCCAGAAUGCGACCUGACGAGGAUUACAGUAUAUAUUGGCGAACUCCCUUGUAACUGA